AUGGCACUAAGAAUAUUGGAUAAGGUACCAGUGAAGCAAGCAAAGACAUUCAAGAUUGUGAGGGCACAGAGACUUGGGUUAUUUCUCCUGGCCAUGAAAGGUCAUACUUCCAAGGCUGGAAAUCCUGUUCCUUCAAAGGAGGUUCAGGGUUGUUCACCUGCUCAAAGGCUGCCUCAUUAAAUAUGUUGCUUGGUAGCAGGCCAGGAAGUUGGGUGGUCAGUUGAAUUGGAGGAUUUCCUUUGUUCUUGGCAGUGGCAUGCUGACCUCUUGUUGCUGAAUGAGGACUGUUUCCAAACCAAGCAUUGGGGAAAACUGAAACCAGAACUCUGGGGGACCAUUGCCUUGGCACGUGGAAUUCAGGGCCUAGCAAGAUGAAGGUGGAUAUCACUGGAUAACACUUAAACUCACAGUAUGCUGCUAGGUGAGCAUGGCUCGGUUGAGCAUGUGGAUAAUGGCAUCAGGAAUGAUUUUGGUGGGACCCAGUGCAUCUUCUCAUGAGAUAUCACCGAGAAGCUGUGAGUGAUGUCAUUGCCCUGUACUGGAGAAGCACUGGUGUGGGGGGGGGGUCUCUAUGCAGGGAUUGACUGUUUUACAUUACCAUUCCUAGUUUAUGCUGAUGCUGCCUUCAUCCAUGCCUGUGAUUGGAAUCCUCAUGCUGUACCUGCUCUGAGAAAAAAUCUAGAGAUAAAUGGAGUAGCAGAUCGGUGCCAAAUAUACUUUGAGGAUAACGGGAAGCUGAAACUGUUGCACAUUGCUGACAGGGUAGUUCUUGGGCUGGUCCUUAGCUCUGAAAAAGGCUGGUUCAUUGCCUGCCAAAUGUUACACCAGGACACUGGAGGCAUUUUGCAUGUCCACCGAAAUGUGGAACCUUUCCUGCAGAAGAAUCUAGCUCCUGGAAGCAGGGACAUAGAAGAGAAGCAGCGCUGUUAGUAUCCUCAGCAAAUUAUCAAUGACAAGUGGAAAUAUAAAGCUACUAGGGUGUCUGUGAGGGAAGUGCUGUGGUCGGUAGUCACCGAACCACAGUGGCAAAGGUGGCCUCAACCUGUAGAAACUCACGUUGCCAUUCUCUACCAACAAGAGCACAGUAAACCAUGGAAGACACAGAUCUUGCAUAUUCAGCUAGUAAAAUCCUGUGGUACCCAUGUGGAUCACAGAGUUCUGGAUAUGAACCACCACCCCUGUCCUCUAAUUGACUAG